AUGGCCCGCCUCUCGGCCACCAGCUCCGCCGUCGACACCAACGGCCAUAUCAAGGAGCCCACGACAGUCCCUCUCCCAGCGGAAGGCGACGUCCCACUGAGCAAGCCUUUCUCACACGAUGACACAGAAAUCAGCACCUCCAACAACGACGACGAUGAGGAAACCCCCCUCCCAUCCAGCGACAGCUACCCCGUCUCCCACGACCCAACCCUCCUCCCAGGCGGAAGCCGCGACCUCUGCUUCAUAGGCCUGCAGGCCUUCGUCCUAGGAUCCCUCUUCGCUCUCAGCAUCUGCGCAACAAUCACCCUCGUCUUCGUGCAGCCAUCCCGCUGGUGGCGCCUCCCGGCCUUCGCAAUCUGUUUCAGCGUUUUCCAUUUCAUGGAGUUCUGGACCACGGCCGCUUAUAACACGCCCUCGUGUCGGGCAUCUUCCUUCCUUUUAUUCAACAACGGCAAGGCGUACGCCAUCGCGAACCUCCUCGCGGCGCUGGAGAUCACCAUCUCAGCCUUCUUCCCGGAGUACCAGGCCAUCGGCGUCUAUCCUACCACCAUCGCCGUGGGCUUGACACUGGUGAUCAUCGGACAAUUCGUCAGGAGCAUGGCCAUGGUGCAGGCGAGCACGAACUUCAACCACAUCGUCCAGUCGGAGCGCAAGGACACGCACGUCCUGGUGACCAAGGGGUUCUAUUCGGUGUUUAGACACCCUAGUUACUUUGGGUUCUUCUGGUGGUCGAUCGGGACGCAGCUGCUCGUGGGCAACAAAGUCUGUCUGGUGGGGUUUGCGGUGGUGCUGUGGAAGUUUUUCAAUCGGAGGAUUGCUAUCGAGGAAAAGCAUCUCGUCAUGUUCUUCGGCGACGACUACGAGAACUACAGGAAGCGCACAGGCACCUUGAUGCCCUUCAUCGGUUAG